AUGCUGAAUCUUACUUACCACAAAGUCGAUUUCGGUCUUACUGCUUCGUGGACCUUUUCAGCAACGGCUCAUGGGAAGGGCCCCGUAGAUGGAAUUAGGACCACAGUGAAAUCUAGUGCUACACGUUAUCUCUUAAGUGGCACAGCAGAAAGAGCAUUUCUCUCGCCGGAAGAUCUUUUUUACUAUACUCAACAAGUCAAUGAUCAUCAGGUAAUGAAAGGAGAUCAUGAACCCAAUCGUCCUAUUGAAGCAUUUUAUAUUAAAUCUUCUGAUGUUGACAAUAUCUUUAAAGAAACUUUAGAAAAACGUUGGUCACAAUUACCAAAAACACCAUGGAUUCAAGGUAUUCAAAGUAAUCAUCAAUUUGAUCCCAUAACUAUUGGCAAGAUUACAUGCCGUCAAACGUCAAGUUCUCGUAAUUUCAAAAUCUUUGAAUUGUCUUAA